GUCAGUGGCGUCUGGGGAAAAAAUCCCAGCAUUCUCAGCGUCGAUAAAACCCCAAAGGCUUCCUGCCCGCCAUUUCACUUUUGGGUAGCUACUUAGCAAGCGCCUUCGUUUGAGGUAGUUUUCCUUGUGAAACCAUUAUAUAUCUCAUCGUUGAAUUAACAAGCAAAUAAUCAAUAUUGGUAGUCAAAUUUAUAUUAAAACAUUUGUUUAUUAAGGCAAUUGGAAUCGACACGUUAACGAACGACCACAGUUUUAAUUGAAGACCAGCGUUCACAAACCAGGCCUGGGCCAUGGCAGGGUGUGGCUCACGUCAUAAAGUCCGCCGAUGGCCUGUGUCAGACAUCACUGGGCAUCAGCACAAGACUGUGUUUCCUGAAAAUUGUCACGCCAAUGCGAAAGAGUUUGUGUUCGUUGUUGGCGAUUCACAUCUCAGAUCUUUUGCUGAUGGAGUUGUGAACAUGCCAGAGGGUCGGCUGUCCUUUGGUUUUAUGGCCACACCUGGAGGAGAUGCAACAGCGUUGCGUUUGGAGAUCUCCCAUCUUGGUGCUACUCCACGUACUCCAGAUGCAGUGUGCCUGCUUGCUCCAGGGAACAACAUGACCUCAAGUCGCACUAUUGAGGAAGCUGCCAGGGCCUUUGGGACUCUCCUCAGUGUUGCAUUGCAACACUGGCCAAACAAGGUGUUUGUGGUGGAUUUCCCUAUACGACAUGUACAUGCAACACUGGAAUACCAGCUUCUGCUAAAGCAGGAAUAUCACCGAGUUGCAGCAAAGAUGGGGGUGCGGUAUUUCUCAACAAAUGAUGUUUUCCAGCCAUCCAAAAGGCAUCUCUGGUGUCAGGAUUUGGUACACCUAAGUGAUGACAAAGGUAUGCCUCUCCUUGCGGACUUCAUUUGGAACACUUCAUACAGCAUCCUACACGUCCCUGUCAAUCCUGUGCCACUUGGAGUGCGUCCUACACUCAAAAGAUGCUUCCACAAAAACAAGAAGAAGCAUGGUACUUCAUCACAGCCACAGUGUGUUGCUCCAUCUCAGCGCUCAGCAACAUCCUAUCGGCCCUUUCCAGCUGUUAAAAUGAAGUAUGUCGACCAUGACCAAUGGACACACCUGCUGCCUACUGUUCCAGGUAAUUCUUGCAUGCCAAUGUAUGUAAGGAUGCAGGUUCGGGACCGGCGUCAUUGUAUACGUCAGCAUGCUGCCAAAGGACUGUUUGUUGACAUACAGCAACGAAUUCUCAGUGGGGGUACGAUGGAACGCAUCUUUGACACAUACGUCCUAUGUUACCCUUCGGGCUACUGCCAGAACGCCAAGCCUGUCCAUGACCCAGCACCCAAGUCUGUGGCUGAGAAGAAAUCUCCGCACAUCAAAAAGCUAAGUGGUGCUGGUUCACGUCAUGUGGGUCGUAGGCCUCUGGUUGUAGUUGACAGGGUCAGAGAAGUUGUAGAACAGGAAGAUGUUAGGGACCAGGUGAACACAGACCUCCGAAACCAGCUUCAAGGAACAACACCUGGCUGCCUACUUCAGCAUCUCCAUAAAUGGACCCCAUCUUGA